AGAAAUCUCUCAGAAUGAUGUCUUGCAAAAGAUAGAAUCGAAUGUGUUCUGCAACCUUCCCAAUCUCCUGGAAAUAAAAAUUGAGAAGGCAAUCAAUCUUGAAAUUAUUGAGCAAGAUGCCUUCCAGAAUCUUCCCAGCCUCAAGUACUUGGUGAUAUCAAACACUGGAAUCAAGCUUUUACCAACUGUUAACCAGAUACAUUCUUUGCAGAAUUUUGUGUUAGACAUCCAAGACAACAUAUACAUCCGCAAAAUAGAAAGAAAUGCUUUCCUGGGUCUAAGUGCUUACCGUGUUGAUAUAAGGCUGAAUCAAAAUGGAAUACAAGAGAUUGAGAACUAUGCUUUCAACGGGACUAUCUUGUUUGACCUAAACCUUAGUGGUAAUUCCAAGCUAGAAAAAUUGCCUAAUGAAGUUUUCCAAGGAGCCCAAGGCCCAGUUUUCUUGGAUAUUUCCGAGACAAAGAUCAGCUUCCUGCCCAGCAUUGGAUUGGAGCACAUAAGCAAGCUGGUUGCAAAAUCUACCUACAAUUUAAAAAAGCUACCUGCCAUGGAGAAGUUUCGUGCCUUGAUGGAAGCAAGCCUUACAUACCCAAGCCAUUGCUGUGCUUUUGCAAACUGGACCAAACAAAAUGUUGCAUUGCAUCCAAUAUGCAAUAAGCUUUCUGUCAAAGAAGACCUUGAUGAGUAUCCUGAAGACCGAUUCCGAAAAAGAUCUGCAACAGAAUAUGACUUUCCCACUGAUGAUCUCCACCCUGACUUUCAGUGUAAAAAAGAGGUUCAAGUCACUUGCUUUCCUGAGCCUGAUGCCUUCAACCCAUGUGAAGACAUCAUGGGUUACAAUAUUCUCCGAGUCCUCAUAUGGUUCAUCAACAUCCUAGCAAUCAUGGGAAACCUUGUAGUGCUCAUAAUUCUAGUUACCAGCCAGUAUAAGCUUACGGUCCCCCGGUUCCUAAUGUGCAACCUCGCAUUUGCAGAUCUCUGUACUGGCAUUUAUUUAUUGUUGAUUGCACUCAAAGACAUACAGACUAGAAGUCAGUAUUACAACUAUGCCAUAGACUGGCAAACCGGACCUGGCUGCAAUGCGGCUGGCUUCUUUACCGUUUUUGCAAGUGAACUUUCUGUUUACACUCUGACCGUCAUCACUUUGGAGCGAUGGCACACCAUCACUUACGCCAUGGAACUUGAUCGCAAGGUCCGUUUUCGACAUGCAGUGGUCCUCAUGCUGAUGGGAUGGGUCUUUGCCUUCACUGUGGCCAUCCUUCCCAUAUUUCAAGUUAGCAGCUACAUGAAGGUCAGCAUCUGCCUACCCAUGGAUAUAGAAACUCCACUUGCUCAGGCAUAUAUCAUGUUUCUGUUGAUCCUGAACAUUUUGGCCUUCAUCAUCAUUUGCACCUGCUACAUCAGCAUUUACUUCACUGUGAGGAAUCCCAACGUCUUCUCAUCUAACAGUGACACCAAAAUCGCCAAGCGCAUGGCCAUCCUGAUCUUCACAGACUUCCUCUGCAUGGCACCCAUCUCCUUUUUUGCCAUAUCGGCUUCUCUCAAGGUCCCUCUCAUCACUGUGUCCAACUCAAAGAUCCUCCUUGUUUUGUUCUAUCCCAUCAACUCAUGUGCCAAUCCCUUCUUGUAUGCCAUCUUCACCAAGACUUUCCGUAGGGAUUUCUUCAUUUUGCUGAGCAAAUUUGGAUGCUGUGAAAUGCACGCUCAGAUUUACAGAACGGAAACCUCCUCUUCUGUUCACACAACCCAUAUGAAAAAUGGGCACUACACUCCAGCUCCUAAAACCAGUGAUGGGACAAUUUAUUCACUGGUUCCUCUGAAUCAUGUGACCUAA